AGUCCGUAAGCAGGCAAAAUUAGUACUAUGCAUACUCCGUACAUUUCUAGAAUCCUUUCCCGACAUACAUUGCGUGUCCAAUAUGGAGGAACUGACAGUAGAGGUCCGUGGCUCCAACGGAGCAUAUUACAAGGGGUUUGUCAAAGAUGUCCAUGAUGACUCUCUCACCAUUGUCUUCGAAAAUAACUGGCAACCCGAGCGACAGGUUCCUUUCAGCGAUGUGCGGUUACCUCCCCCGUCCGAUGCCAAAAAGGACAUCGGAGAAGGGGAAGAGGUGGAGAUUUACUCCAGAGCCAAUGAACAGGAGCCGUGCGGCUGGUGGCUGGCCAAAGUGAGGAUGAUGAAGGGCGAUUUCUACGUGAUCGAGUAUGCCGCCUGCGACGCCACGUACAACGAGAUCGUCACCUUCGAGCGCCUCCGGCCCGUCAACCUCAACAAGGCCGUCACCAGGAGCACCUUCUUCAAGUGCACCGUCGCCGUCCCCGACGACCUGAAGCCGGCGUGUGAACACGAACAAGCGCACAAAGACUUCAAAAAGGCGGUGGGAGCCUGCAGGAUCGUCUACAGCCCGGAAACGAGCAAAUUAGUCGUGCUGUCGAAAAACGAGGCGACAGUGAAGAGGGUCGCCAUCCUGAGCGACAUGCACCUGCGCAGCAUUCGCACCAAGCUGAUGCUCGUGUCCAGAAACGAGGAGGCCAACAAGCACCUGGAGAACACAAAGCAGCUGGCGUCCGCCUUCCAAGAGGAGUUCUUCGUCAGGGAGGACCUGAUGGGCCUGGCCAUCGGCAGCCAUGGCAGCAACAUUCAGCAGGCCAGGAAGGUGCCGGGGGUCACGGCCAUCGAGCUCGACGAGGACCGGGGAACUUUCCGGAUUUACGGAGAGAGUGCUGAAGCCGUACAGAAGGCGAGGAGUUACCUCGAGUUCAUCGAGGACUCUGUGCAGAUCCCCAGGAACCUGGUCGGCAAGGUGAUUGGCAAGAACGGAAAGGUCAUCCAGGAGAUUGUGGAUAAAUCCGGGGUGGUUCGCGUUCGCAUCGAAGGUGACAAGGACAACAAACUCCCUCGACAAGAAACACAGGGAAUGGUUCCCUUCACGUUUGUCGGCACGAAGGAGAGCAUCGGGAACGUCCAGGUUCUCCUCGAGUACCACAUCGCCUACCUGAAUGAGGUGGAGCAGCUGCGUCUGGAGCGGCUGCAGAUCGACGAGCAGCUCCGGCAGAUCGGCAUGGGGCUACGGCCCUCGUCCGGACGUCCCGCCGACAAGGAGAAGGGCUACGCCACGGACGAGAGCGCCCCGGGCCCCGCCCUGCGCGGGAGCCGGUCCUACACCGGGCGGGGCCGCGGCCGCCGGGGGCCCAACUACACCUCCGGCUACGGCACGAACUCGGAGCAGUCCAACGCCUCGGAGACGGACUCGGAGCGCAAGGACGAGCUGAGCGACUGGUCGCUGGCCGGGGAGGAGCCGGAGAGGGGGCCCCGGCAGAUGAGGGACAGCCGGAGGCGACCCGGCACGGGACGGGGGGGCCGCGGAGGGCUCAGCGGCCGGGGGCGAGGGGCAGCGAGGGGGGGCUCCUCCUCCUCCAUCAGCGCAGUGCUGAGGGACCCGGACAGGAACCCCUACAGCGUGCUGGACAACACCGAGACGGACCAGACCGCGGACACGGACGCCAGCGACUCGCAGCUCAACACCAGCCGCCGCCGCCGGUCCCGCCGCCGCCGCACCGACGAGGACGCCACGCUGAUCGACGGCCUGAGCGAGUCCGACAACGGCUCGCUGAGCGAGAACGGCAUCGAUGAUCUGGAGGCGAAACCCCAGCGGCGUAACCGUAGCCGCCGCCGCCGGUUCCAGCCGCCCGAGGAGAGGCAGCCAGUUACGGUGGCUGAUUACAUAUCGCGUGCCGAAUCGCAGAGCAGACAGAGGAACGUUAAGGACCUGAAGAAGAACAAGAAAGAGCUGGGGCAGGUGGAGUUCAUAGAGGAACACGGCCCCUCGGCCGCGACCAGCAACGGUCCCGCCAGCCAAGGAGAGGAACUGGAGAAAUCGCCGGACGUCGCCGCGGAGACCGCCGCCAAAUCCGAGUACCGGGAGGAGGGAACCCCGGCGGCUGUGCUCAACGGGGUCUCCUAAAGGCUCGCUCUCCGUACGAAAAACCAUAACUUCUACAUUUACAAUAGUGCUUGUACAAGCUUGCCAAAGACAGACGUGUGGACUUCCAGAUUCUUUAUCGCACUUUUUCAGUUCCUUCCUAUUGGAACCCAAGAGGGGACGGAUCCAGAAUUUAAAAAAAAAAAAAAAAAUUUAAAAAAAAACCGAACAGAAGUAUAAGUACAAAAAAGUUACACCUAGUAUGUGUGUUCCGAGUACAUGAUCAGAUGUUGUGCCUUCAGAGAGUAGAUUCAACAUUAAAGUUGGUUGGCCGUAGAAAACAUAACUUUUGUCAGACAAAAUGGUGGCGGGGGAAAUCCCAGACAUCCUAAUAUUUGUUAUGAAGAACGUUAGCGGCUUUUGUUACGUUUUAAUAUGCAACCACUUCUUCAUACGAGGAAAAAAACCCUAGAAAAUGCAGUCUGAACGGAAAAAAAAAAUUGCACUGAAUUGUUACUUUCCCAUUAGAGUAAUGUUAGUCUGGAAACUGGUCUGUUCUCUUUGUUGUCCUUUUUUUUUAAUGCUGUCAAGAAAAAGAAAAAAAAAAAAAAAAAAAAACCUGCAGAAAACUGGAGGAUUGGAUUUUUGCUUCUUUCAUCUGCGGGGGCACUGGAUCGAUAAUGGCGGAAACGUUCGCAAAAACGGGCUUUUUUUUGGUUUAUUUAUUUUUAAAAUGUACAGUAUUUAAAGAAAUGAAGCUGUUCUUUUAAACACUAAACUGGCAGAAAGUGUUUCAAUGCAGGUGUAAUUUGGACUACUGAAAGAUCAAUUUCCAGAUUUUGUUUGUUCUGUAAACUACAUAUGUUAGUCCGUAUGGGUUUUUUUUUUUUUUUUUUUUAAAUGAUCAUUUUGGUUGUUUGAUGUGCAAUAUGUUUUGUAUGCCGGUAGUUCUUAAAUAAAACUUGAUCUUCCAUAUUCUGUUGAAUGUCAUUCAGACUAACAAAUAAAUACAGAAUAGCACACGUAUUUCCACUUGAAAUAAAAAGGACAUAAGCCUGUUUUAA